AUGAAUUAAUAACAAUAUAGUCAUUCUUCUCGUAUAUCAGCAGAGAUAGGAGAUGAAAAGAUGCUUCUACAUAAAGAUAAGCUAUUGUAAAAGAUAACAGAACAAGUUCAAAUGUUGAUGUCUAACACAAAUUAAGUAGUAUUUGUUAAUAAUGAUAGUAGUCAACAGAAGGAGAUUAAUAAUUUUAUGAUGGAUUUAAAUAUGUGAUAGCUCAUUAAUAAAUAUGUAUAAAAGAGAUAUAAACUUUAGCUGAUAUGUUAUCAUAAGUGUAGAUGAGUUCUAAUAUUGAUUAAUCUAGGAAAUUAUUUUCAUAGUAGGUUUUCACUAAAAUGUCACAAAUUCUUAAGAGUUAUAGUACAUAGUAGUAUAAGGUAAGCAUAAAAAUAAAUUAAUAAUUGCAUUAUUUGGCAAGAGAUACAAUACGUACAAUUUAAGAGGCAUUUGAAGCUUGUUAAUAAGUUGAUAAAGUAUAAUUAUGUGGUAAAGAUGCCUCUUUCAAAUAAUAUGAUAAAUAUAUGAGAUAAUUAGAUCAAUUGAGUUUUUUUUGGGAAUAAUUACAUUCUCUAGAAAAUAGAAAUAUAACAAUUAAUAAAGAAACAAUAUCUUAUGAAAUUUCUUAGUUUUUAGAUUAAUGGUUUGAUACUUUGAUGUAGAGAUUUGAUUUCAAAUAGACAUCAUAAAAACAAUAAUAAUAAUAAAAUUAAUAAACAAAACCAAUUUAAGUUUCUAAAGUAUAACCUUAGAUAGAUCAUCGAUUAAGAAAUGCACAUGAGUUAUUUGCUGGACUUGGUAGAGAGAAAGAUUAAAUAGCAGCUUUGUAAUUAUAUACAAAAUUGGCAGAAGAGAAUAAUCCAAUAGCAUAAGCUAUCAUGGGAUAAAUAUGUUUAGAAGGCAUUACAGGACCUAAAGAUUAUGAUUAAGUUAAAUUUAUAUAUAAUAAUUAUAGGCUUUCACUUAUUUUAAAAAAAGUGCAGAUUAAAGAAAUACUUUCAGUUUAUAUCAUACUUCUAAAUUAGUUUUAGUAUUAUUAUAUUUAAUUUUUAAGGAAGGAAAGGUUUAUGAUAAAUUCUCUGAUAAAGAUGAUAAUACUAUAGCAAGUAGUGAAGUAUAUAAUCGUAAUUAUGAUUGUACAUUUGCAAUGACUCUAUUAAAAAGAGCAGCAGAAUUAGAUCAUUUAGAAUCCAUGAUCUAUUUGGGAGAUCUUUAUAGUAAUGGAUUAUAAUUAUAGGAUUGUAAUAAUAUAUUCAAUUUUAUUUAAUUUAGAUACUUUAGAAAAAGAUUAUUCGAAUGCAGAAUUCUAUUAUAAAUAAGCUAAAAAUAAAAAUUCUACCUAAGCUAUGCAUAAAUUAGCUCUUCUUUAUUAGACAAUGUGCAAAUAACCACUUUAUAAAGUAGUUUAUAUCUUUUCAUAUAGAAUCGAAGUUAAUUAAUCUAACCACUGUUGAAUCAGGCUAAAAAUUAAGAUUAUUUACCUGCCUUUUAUGACUUAGGAUUAUUACUUCAUUAAGGAUUAUAAGAUGAAGUAUAAUAAAAUUAAGUUAUGGCUGAUUUAAUUUUUGAAUAGGGUUGCAUGAAAGGUGAUCUAAAAUGUGCCUAGAAAUUACUGAGUUUAAGAUUUUAAGCUUUAAGAAAAAAUGAAUUAGCUAUUGAAGAUUUCUUUUCUUUCUUAGAAUAAAUUGAAGAAAACAAUAAAGAUUGGACUAUUACAUAUUAUAUGAAAGGAAAAGUUUAUGAAAAAGGAGUUUAAGUUGAAAAAAAUUUAAAAAAAGCACAAGAAGAAUAUAGAUUAGGUUAUAUGAAAGGAUGCUAAAAAUGUAGAGCUUAAUUAGAUAAAUUCUAAAAAGAUACUAUUCCUACUGAUAAUAAUCCUACUAAUUCUUAAUAGUCUUCUUUAAAUUAAAGAUAAACCAUUAAUGGAUUCAUAGAAUAAGUUAGAUAAUCUGAAUGGAAAAAACCAUUCUAAAAAUAAAGAUAAAUCUCCAUUGGAAAUGUUUAAUAAAUUUAUAACAACAUUGAUAAUGAUGUUUAAUCUACUGUGUAUUCAACUAUUUUCAUUUAAUUUUAGUUAAGAUCGUUACACUAGAAUGACUAUUAGUAUAACUAGACCUAAAAAUCAAACUGAUGAUAGAAAAAGAGGAGUAUCUGCUUAAGAAUUACCACUUUAAGAUAUUGGAAGAAGCAUUCUACUUUCUCAAAUGAAAUCUCCAGAAAAGGUUCAUUAACAUUCUUAAUUUUGGUCACCAAGAUUACCAUCUUAGUAAUCAUAGGCUGGAUCAUAAAUUACUAAUUCUACUACCAAAAAAAGAUUUAAUCUUAAGUAAAUUAGACAAAAAAAUUUUGAAGUUGUUGAAAAUGUAGUUAAAUGA